AUGUUGGUUAAGGGACUUAUGACCGACUUUGAAGAAAUUUGUGACAAUUAUCUCGAAUGGAGUCAUGGAAAUACAAUUAACACUGAAUAUGAUGUGGAUACUAUGUCUGAAAUAAACCUGGCAACACUGGGAUCGGGCUAUAGAGCCGGUUAUUGGCGACAACUGGUUACUUGUCUGACAGUAGUAUUUGGGGUACUCUACUACGGACAGGGAUAUGACUACUCCAACGUCGAUAAUAUCAAAGGGGCUCUUAAUAUAAUAUUAGAGCAAAAUACAAUGUUACAGGCAAUGGUCGCUUUAACCACAUUAAUAGGAGAGGAAGCCUUACUUUGUAGGGAACACCACAACCGUACGUACGCUGUGUUCCCAUAUAUAUUGGCGACCAUUAUUAACCAGUACGAGAUAUACCUUUAA